AUGGAUGUGUGUCUUGCUGUGCUGCCGUGGAAAAUCCUUUGGAACCUGCAAAUGCGUACCGCAGAGAAGAUCGGUGCAGAUGAAUCGUACAACUCCAUCAUAUGGGCCGUCGCAGAGUGUUCCAUGGCCAUCGUGGCUACCUCGAUUCCCGUACUUCGCGUCAUUUUCAGGCAGGCGUUCAACUCGGCGAUGGAAGGCUACACGGGCCAGAGUAAAAGCAAAUCAAGAUCGAACCCUUCCAACGCUGGGAGCUCGGGGAACCGAUUGAGCACACGACAAUUGAGCAAGAAGACGCCAGAUAUAUCGGUCAGCGGAGAAUCUGUGAAGGAAGUGUUCGGACGUGGAUCACGUGGAUCCAAGAACUAUGUAGAGCUAGAUGAUUUGGUAGUCGACGAGGCGACUGGGCGCGCUACUGCUUCGUCUCUAGAGUCUCUGGCAAACGAUGGCGAGCGCCAUGUGCUAAACUGGCACGUGUAG